AUGGAUGCAGCGCAUGCUACCAUCACAACCAACGCGUUCCACGACCCGGCCAGCAAGUCGUUUGGUAACGCAAGUGGACAAAGUGCCCAGGCAGGAAUAGCAGACAGUACUGGCUUGGAUUCGGAGACAGCAAGAGAUGUCGAAGGAGGACUACAAGACGUUGUUGAAGAUGGAGGUGGCUCAGUAAAUACUGAGUCGCCCAAGAUAGGCACAUCAAAAAGUGAGGAUACAUCACACGCCGAGCUACAACGGUGGAACACACUAGCAAAGGAUUUCCGCGAGCUGCAAGUAGAGCCGGCCAAAAUGUCGUCUGGGCCCUCCACCACCACGAACAGCGAAGAUCCGCCAACAGAAGAUAGCAAGCCAGAGAUCUAUCUAGAUCCAACCCCAAAGACUCCUCGUAUGUCUUCGCCUUCGCGUGCUCAUGACAGUCCAGUCGAAGCCCCAGAGGAAAGCGGUCCCACACCAGAAAUCCAGAACAUCAUGGACCAAUUCGGAGAUGCAGAUGGAUUCGAGGCCAAAGAUGGUAAAAUACAUACGGGAAGAGCGAAUGGAAUGACUACAGAUAGCUCAGUACAGCAUCCGCCCCGGGGAUCAAGUCUAGAACCUCUCAUUCCAGGAUUGGAUGAAGCGGAAUCGUUAGCAAGUCCCACAGAUCGCCCGCUCACAAUACCCAAUUCAGAAGAAUCAAAUACUUCAGAAUUGGUAAUGCCAACACGUGUGUCGAGUCUGCCGCAGAAUGCAGGCUUGCAGAUGACUGGAACCAACGCAUCUUCCACCCUUUCGUUGCCCAAGGCGUUGCCGCCAACACCUGAUCCUGAACCAGAUCUCCCCUUUGACUUCCAUCGUUUUUUGGAGCAGCUACGCCAUCGAUCAGCGGAUCCAGUGGCUAGAUAUCUACGAUCUUUUCUCACUGAAUUCGGCAAAAAGCAAUGGAUGGCGCAUGAACAAGUAAAAUUUAUCCAAGACUUUCUAGCAUUCAUUGCCAAUAAGAUGGCACAGUGUGAGGUGUGGAGAGGCGUCUCUGAUGCAGAAUUUGAUAAUGCAAGAGAAGGGAUGGAAAAACUUGUUAUGAACAGAUUGUAUUCCCAGACCUUCUCCCCCGCCAUCGCCCCUACAGCCACUUCCGUAGGCAAAGGCAAAAAGAAGGACCUGGAGAAGCUGCUGGGACAUGGCAGACGAGGUCAACAUCAAGAAGAUAUUGAGCGCGAUGACAUCUUGAGCCAGAAGGUCAGUAUUUACAGCUGGGUCCAGGAAGAACAUCUUGAUAUCAAAUCCGUUGGGCCUAGCGGAAAGCGUCUUCUUGAUCUUGCGCAACAAGGAUUACUUCGCAAUUCCCAAUCUUCCGAUACAUCUGCGGAUGCCUUUGUACCACUACUCAUUUUUGUUGUACUUCAUGCAAACCCGGAGCAUCUUGUCUCAAACGUGCAAUACAUUCUUCGAUUCCGCAACCAAGACAAACUUGGUGGAGAAGCUGGUUACUAUCUUUCCUCACUGGUAAGUGUAGAUGUUGAGUGA